AUGCCAGGCAGCCUCCCGGGGAUACCGGGCAGCGCUCCCAGAGCAUGGAACAACCUCCAGAGAAAGCGGGCAGUUUCCCAAGGCACCGGGCAGCCAAACCGGGCCCCGCCCCGCCGCACGCCCGGGGCUCCGGGCCAGCUCCGCACGCUCCGCCUUUAUCACCGCGACCCCACACCGAACGCGCCGGCGGGACCGGCGCUAUCAGCGGCCGCAGUCCCAGGCGUGGUGCCGGGCGGGGCACACGGGGGGGGCCCGUCCCGAGCGGCCGCUCUCACCGAGCCGCGGAGCCGCCGCCACCCCCACACCCCGCCGCGCCCGCCGUUACCGAGCCGCCGCGGGCAGAGCCGCGCCGGGGCCGCGCUGCCGGGCUCGUCCCGCUGCGCCGCCGCGGCCGGGCCGGGGCCGGGGCCGCUCCCGCCGUCGCUACGGCAACCGCGCCCCCUGCCCGGCACCGGCACCGGCACCGGCACCGGCACCGGCACCGGCACCGGCACCGGCUCCGCUCCGCCGGCCGGACUGGGCCGCCUGCCGGGUCCUGUCCCGGGAGCUGUCGCGGCUGCUGGGGGCGGUCAGAGAGCCGCACCCGGUGCUGGAGGGGCUGCAGCUGCUGGAGGAGGAACCCCAAAACUGGCCCCCCGGAUCCGCUGCAGCGACGCCUGCGACCCCCUGAGCCUGGAGAGCAACCACACGCUCUGCCUGCAGCGGAUCCGCCAGGCGCUCCAGCACUACCGGGACCUGCUGGGCUCCGACAUCUUCCGGGAGCAGCCGCAGCCGCAGCUGGAGAGCACCAUGGAGCAGCUGCUGCGCCUCGUGCAGGACGGGCACGGCCGCCCCCCCCGGCACCUCCUGGCCCCCACCAAGGUUUGGGAGCAGCCGCUGCAGCGGCACCUGGCCCUGAGGCGGCUCCGCUCCUUCUCCGCCCUCAUCGGCCGCGUCUUCAACCACGGAGCCCGCUGAGACCCCCCGGAUACCGACCCCACC